CGCCGAUCCAUACGUGCUAUGGGACAAGGGCACAUACUACAUGACCUUUACUUGCGGCGGACACGUUGAAAUCUGGUCUGCCGAUUCCCUGUUUGAUUUCGAAGAACGGUCCAAAAAGACCGUCAUAUGGAGACCCCCGCCAAACCAACCCUACUCGGCUGAUAUCUGGGCCCCAGAACUACAUGCCAUCCAGGGACGCUGGUAUGUCUACUUUGCAGCUGACGACCCAGCGCAUGGCAACAAAUCACACCGCAUGUAUGUCCUUGCUGGCCCGCCAGCCGAUGAGGACCCUCUGGAGCCAAGCAAGUGGAACUUUUUCGGCCGUCUGCAUGGCCUACCAGAAGAUCAAUGGGCCAUCGAUGGCACCGUCAUCUUUCUCCAAGGCUCCAUGCUCUUUGUGUACUCUGGCUGGCCAUUUGGCACCAACGCCGACGAAUCGCGUCAAGAAAUUUACAUUAUCGAAAUGGUAUCCCCGACGGAAUGUACGGGCCAGCCUGUCCGCAUCAGCACACCCGACCUGCCCUUUGAGUUCUCCGGAAACAGCGGCAUCAACGAGGGCCCGCAGUUCUUGUGCUCGCCAGACGGCAGGUGGAUGGGCAUCGUGUAUAGCUGUGCGGGCAGCUGGACACACGAGUACAAGAUGAAUAUCCUGUACUACACUGGCGGCCACCCGCUGGACCCCCGCUCGUGGGCAAAAUCAAACAACCCGCUUCUCAAAGCCGCUCGCGACGACUCUCCGCCGUAUGGCCCUGGUCAUGGCAACUUUGUGCUCGUCAAUGGCCCCGGUGGCCCAGAGGUCUGGGGCGUUUUCCACGCUACCGACGCAAAGACAGGCUGGGAAGGUCGCAAGGCGCGUGUCAUGCGCGUGGGAUGGGGCCACGGAGGCCCCUUUAUGGGGUCCGGCGAAUGCGGCAGAUGUUGCAGCGAGGUUCAGCAUUUCAUUCAGGGCUGUCCUGGCGGAACGUGUGGGGGCCAAGGCCACUGCGGUGGUAGCGGAGGCCCAGGCGGAGGGUCCCAGCAGCCUGGCCAUCAUCACAGCGGCAACCCAGCCGAUGAUAUAAAGAGAGAGGUGAAGAAUCUGGUCAAGGGUGGAAAGGGACUUUUGAACAAAUUCCUCAAGUAACCCUUUUGUAACCAGCGAGUAAGUACGGUUGUGUUCAAGCGGAAGCGGGCAGUGGUGCACGUGUUUUGGGGUGAGGUUAGAGGUCCAAGAUACCAAGGGGUUUAUGCAGGG